GUGACGAGGCAAAAUAAAUGCCAACACAUGGGUAUACGAGAGAAAGUAAGAUUAUCAGUGAUACACCUGGUUGUUCUGUACAGGUGUAAAUGAUAAAUAUACCAAGUGUCUUAACGAGGCGUACUCACACAUAUAUAUACCUAUAUAUGUGUGUAGCAGGUAUAAAUAAGUCAGGUAAUAAUACCAGGCGGUGUGGUGUACGGAGAACCAUUACAAGGAGGAACUCCGCUACCGAUAAUAUAUAUAAAGCACAUCUGAAAAAUUGUGAUUGCAUAGAAGAUAUAUACUGAAGAAUUGCGAGGUGCAUGGAUGCCGAUGUUAAAAUAAUUCUUGGAUAAAAAAUAAUAAUUGUUUUCUUAAUGUAAGGAUUCUAACCUAACAUUCACGUGUGAUAGUGUAGUUUGUUCCCCCGAAAAAUGCGGACGAUUUCACGUGCAUACCACGGGACGUUAACCUUCAGUGUUAUCUGUGAUAUCGACUUAUCUGUGAUAUCGACUUAUCUGUGAUAUCCACCGACCAGACUACGUACAACACGGUCACUAUCGCCGAAAACAAUUGUCUUUAAAAAGUCUCGCAAAAUUUGAAAUAGAACGAUGAAAGGUGCCAGGGCGUAGGUGAUACGUCACAUCUUAUGACAUCUUAUAACGUCGUGACGUAACAGAGAAAAGAUAGCCUCUCUCUGGAAUAUGUACUGUGAAUCGUAAGAUCAGUACUAGUCACCAAAACUAAGAAAACCACAAGACUUGUGCUUUUUAUUCAUUUUAAUUUGUCAACAAAAUUAAAACAGUGGAAGGAAAGACUGCAAGAUAUUGGAGUAAACUCUAGCCAAGAUGUCAAAGGUCGUCUCUGUAUGCAGUCGACAGUAGAGAUGUGAUAGUUUAACCUCUAUCUUAUCCCGACUCUUCACUCAGAACAUCGAAACACUGCGUGAAUAUAAUCUGGAAAUUUCUAUCAAAAAGUAGCUUUUUUCUACAGUCUCGUGAUUUCUUACAUCAACCAGCACGUGUUAUAAAUAAUGUAGACGUAAUUGACGUUGUAAUCAUUGAUCACGUUACACGUUGAAGAUGUCGGGUAAAUCAUCCCCUUCUAACCGAGUCUCUGACAUUCACCUGGCGGAGAAUGCCAGCCUGUCUCGGAAAAGCUCCACCGCCGAGGAGUUAGAAUCCGAGCCCAGUAAAACAGGAUUUCCAGAGGACAAAGAGCAGACGACGAACAUCGGAGUGGCGGUUUUCAGACUGACAGUAGCCUCUGUGUGUGGUGUCAUCUUUGGUAUUGCCUUGGAAAAGACGCGAGUUUUUGAGCCAGUAGUGAUACGGCAACAGAUGGUGUUUGAAAACUUCAUCAUGCUGAAGGUGUUUUUGGCAGCAGUCGCCUCGGGCCAGCUCUGUUUCGUUGUGUUGGCGGCCAUUCCUAAGACCAGGCCUUAUUUUGACGACGCUAUACACGACUUCAUAUCCUGCUUACGAGAAAAGGGGAUCCUCACCAGUAUCCUCGGCCCCAUAAUCCUGGGAAUCGGGAUGACCAUGGCAGGAUCGUGUCCCGGUAUGAUACUAGCACAGAUAGGUGCUUGGGUCCCUAAUGCAAUUUUCAGUCUACUUGGAGUCUUCCUCGGCGCAUUAUCCUACGGCCUGCUUGACCCAUUUCUCUCCAGACUGACCAAGCCAAAGACUGCUUACACAUGGACACAUGUGCACACAUCACUAGACAAACCGUAUGUUGCCCUGGCCCUCCCCAUGGCUCUGCUAAUGACGGUGAUCGUGGUCCUGAUAGAAUGGUUUUGGCCGUGGAACAAGGACCUCGUUUCUAUAGGGAGAGAAAACCCAGCAGGUGUCAAUAUCGUCACUGCUGUGUCGUGGCCGCCAUACGCCACAGGUAUCAUAGUUGGCCUACUACAGCUCCCCCUGGUGUUAGUGGUCAAGGACACGAUAGGUGGCAGCAGCAGUUACGUCACCAUAGUUUCCCAAUGGGUCAUAACGGACAAGCUGUCCCGGACAUUUCCAUAUUUGGCGAAUAAAAGAUCAGGUGUUGGCAACUGGUGGCAGGUGUUUUUCGUGUCGUUUGUGGUGUUGGGCGCCUGCCUGUCCGGCGUGGCCUCGGACACUCUGACGACAAGUAAAGGGCCACAACUCCCGGUGGCGUUCUUUGGAGGCUUCUUGCUCCUGUUUGGGGCUCGCCUUGGCGCAGGAUGUACAAGUGGUCACGGGUUGUCAGGGAUGGGUCUGCUGGCGUGGUUAUCAUUCAUUGCUGUCCCGGCCAUGUUUGCUGGUGGUAUAUCUACAGCAUUCGCCAUGCAGGCUACUGGCGCUCUGGACCAGUAUGUCCAACACACGGGAGCAGUGUGAUAUCUACACACAUCCGGCACCUGCAAAAGUAUGUUACUGCCACAUCCGGGGAUCUGGAGCAGUACGUGUCGUAUAACUUCCGGGCAUAGCGUUAUAUAACCGUACUGCUACAUCCGGGACCUGCAUCAAUAAUUGGUGUUCAUAGAAUCCGCGUAACUGCCUGUCUGAAUUGUAAAUCCGGGACCUUUGAAAUAAUCCAGAUAUUAUAUCUUGGAGCAGUGAACAACAAUCUGAUUGGUUGAUUGGUUGAUUGACUGGUUUAUCGUCUUCCAUCAGUGACGAAGUCUGUGUUCGGCCGAGUAAACAUAAUAUCUGGAAACCUCUAUAGUUUAUAUAAUUGACGUACCACGUGAUUUGUGAUAACCAAUCAAAUCCACUGAUUGAUACUUUGUUGAUUUCCGGGUGAUUUGUGUGAGUGUGGCUGCGUUACCAUAGUUACAGACAUGUAUUGGGCAGGAAAGACAAAUCUAUCGAUUUCAGAUGUAAUUUCUGAUCAUUGUGCCAAUUUGUUGAUGUAUUUAUAUGUUAUAUUUUUACAGAUUAUAUCUAACCUUAAAGUUUUUUUAUACGUUACAAGAUCACUGCUCAAUGUCCACAUAUUUCCAAUUUCUCCAUUGUUAACAACAACACUUUAUAAAUGUUUAAAUUUUAUAUAUUUUAUUUGGAGGAUAUCAAGAUGUGUUUAUUCAGUUAAUGAGUUAAAUUAGAUAACAAGUUAAAUAAGGCAAUACUUUAGAUUUAAAAAGAUACUUAUUAUAUUAUGAUAUUUUGUUUAAUGAAUGCUAUCCACCAUUUGUGCAUAUCUUUAUGAUUUAUGUAAGUAAUUGGAAAAAGUUUUAAAAUAGGAAAAACGAUAGAGGAACAAUUAAGAUAAAUUAAUUAUUUUAAUAACAUAUAGAGACAAUGUUUAUUUCUCAUCGUUCAUUCUUAACGAAAAUAAUUAAUUGGGUUUAAUUAAUCUUAAUUUAUCGAAGGUAUUGUUAAACAAUGUCAUGUAUGUCAUAUAUAUUCAAGGCGUUUAAGUGACAAACUGAAGUCUAACAAGAUCAGCUUGUGAGACAAACUGAAUUUGUUGAAGAACGAGUCUAUCACACCUGUUUAGGAACUAUGUGAAAACACAAUAUACACACCAAUAUCAACAAAGAAGGACAAAACUACUAAACAGCUUCUACUAAAAAACACAACAUACAAAAAAAAAAUCAAUAAACACGAACACAUUCAUCAAAGCGUAAACAAAGGAAGAACAAAAAAAGCCUCAGCGUCAACAAACAAGGCCAAAUUACUGUAAAAAAAAUGUUCGCGUUGUGAAACUUUUAACUGAUGGGGUUAUGGAAAUGUUCCCGCUGACAAAUAGUUAUACAAUCUACAUAUUAGAUUUAUCUAUGAUCUAUAAUCAACUUGCAAAUUUGCUCAACGGGAAAAAACGCUUACAUUUUUACACCGCGAAAGUUUGUACGUUAACAAUAUACAAGUGUCAACACGUGCAAUGAAUUAAACAGCGUCAACAAUCAAGUUGUACUACAAUAUAGCGGCAAUACACAAUGUCAACAAUCAAGUUAUACCACAAUAUAGCAGCAAUACACAAUGUCAACAAUCAAGUCAUACCACAAUAUAGCAGCAAUACACAAUGACAAUAAAUACAAAGUUAUACCACAAUAUAGCAGCAAUACACAAUGUCAACAAUCAAGUCAUACCACAAUAUAGCAGCAAUAAACAAUGUCAUCAAUCAAGUUAUACCACAAUAUAGCAGCAAUACACAAUGUCAACAAUCAAGUUAUACCACAAUAUAGCAGCAAUACACAAUGUCAAAAAUCAAGUUAUACCACAAUAUAGCAGCAAUACACAUUGUCAACAAUCAAGUCAUACCACAAUAUAGCAGCAAUACACAAUGUCGACAAUCAAGUUAUACCACAAUAUAGCAGCAUUACACAAUGGCAACAAUCAAGUUAUACCACAAUAUAGCAGCAUUACACAAUGUCAACAAUCAAGUUAUACCACAAUAUAGCAGCAAUAAACAAUGACAAUAAAUACAAAGUUGUAUGCAGCAUUAUCGUAUAACAACAAAAUAUACAACGUCAACACACAAGGAAAACAUCAUAUGAAAUCGUUCAUGCAGAGACAAAAUACACAAAAGCGUCAAUCAUUAAAGGACAAAUUGACCACAGCAUGGAUAAACAAGGACAAACAGCGUCAUCACACAAUGUCAAAAUAAACCACAUCAUCAACACACAUGAAAAGAUACGACAUAGCAUUAUUACAAAGACAAAAUACACCACAGCGUCAACAUUCCAGGACAAUUUCACUUCUGUGUGGACAGAUAAGUACGAAAUAUACCUCAACUUUGACAAACAACGACAAAAUCUACCACAGCGUCAACACACAAUGUAGAAUAAACCACAGUAUCAAUUCACAGGGAUAAAUAUAUAGCAAUAUCAACAUUAAAAAUAUCGUUAUUCCACGUUAUCAAUUCCUAAGGAUAAAAUACACCGAAAGUCAACACAACAAGAUAAAAUACAAACUAUGAACAAUUCAAAUCAGUAAAAAAGACAACAUCAUUACACAAAGGAGACACUUUGAACAAACAUAAAACGAAACUAGGUACUAGCUGACCAUUUAAUGAACCACUUGUGGUAGUCCUUCAUCAUGUUUCUUGUCAUGUUCUGGAAUGAAUGUGUUUAAUUUUAUAUUUUGAAAUGUUGUCCUGACGUUAACCGUAACUGCAGUGUAGUUUAAAGCUGACCUUGUAGAACACCCGGGAAACUGUGCAACAUUGUUGCUGGAUAUAUGGAUGCAAAAUGAAUAUAUGCCAAUCUGUACAAAUGCUAUUGCCAAAUCUUGUCUGUUUUGUAUUCUAACGAUGAUAUAUUUAAUUAGUUUGAGUCGGUAGGACUCUUGACCUUUAACCAAGUUUACACUGGUGUGGCAGACACGCCGUUAAGUACAAAGUUGAAUAGUGAGGAUAGAAAUCCAUUUAUGCAGAAUGUCAUUGAUACCGGGAAAUUGCACUGUGAAGCCCCAUGAAGUCACGAAUAUUGUUAUGGGAAAGGGGAUAACGACUGGUCCCCAGGUUGUUUACUAAUACUGACUGGUCCCCGAGGCCUAGUUAACUUAACGACCUCUUAAUAAAAAUUGUUUUUAUAUGUUUAUAUCGAAAUACAUUGAAAUAAAACUAAAACUCUGUCUAUGGAUAUUCAAAAUGAUCACCUACAGACAGGUUCAAGAAAAAUGCAAAAUGUUUCUAAGGAUCCCGUAACACGGAAAAAUGUAUUUAAUAUUAGAAACAUUUUGUCCGGCAUGACUUAAAAGAAUACCAUUCAUUGCGGAUUUUUAUGAGAAAUGACGUUAAACCCUUUACACCCAACCCUGGACUUCAGAAUGUUAUAGGAUCGCUGUAACCGAUUGAGCUACCAGGUCAACGGAAUUGGCCCAACUGUGAUAUUAUUAUACCCAGACAGUAGUUAAGGGAAGGUUAUAGUAUAUAGGGGAAAACACAGUGCACUGCGAUAGGCAUCCUUAAAACAUUUAUGUUGAAAAUUUUGUAAUCGAAUCGUUGAGCUGAUAACUCUGAGUAAAUCAAAUCCAGGUGUGAGUAAAACUGGCGAUGACGCAGUAUCUAAUUACGGUGUUAACAUGUACGUUAUCUACCUUAAUUUACACAUCAGCAUAUUUUUUAAUUAGUACAAUAAAUGCCCCUUGUUCACAGUGAUUACAAUCAUUGAUGUGAGAAUUGAGGGGUGCAGUGCCUUGCGCGUAUUGACAUACUUUGUAAAUAAGAUCAUAUAUUUUGUUUAUGUGCUACACUUUAUAGAACACACGUACCUCAACUAAAAUGAUCAUAUAUAUACACCUUCUGCCUCUGGCUUCCUUGUCGUAUAAUCAAUUCCUUGUACGAUCUCUGUCAACAAAAUACAAAUCCUUUUAAACAUCACUAUUUUGAAAUUCCCACUUAACCACUUACCACUAAUGAUGUUCUCGCCAAACCCUAGCUUGGUAAUGUAUCCCUUCCUUCCUUCCUCCCACCGACAGCAUAUCUCCCUUUUCAUCGAUUUCUACAUUAUGUAAUGCAACUUUAAUAUCUAAUAUUUCAUAACCAUAUAAACUACAAAAUCAUAUUGUUGACAAAUCAUGAUUGAAGAUUUCUAUGCACAUGCAUUCUUAAUGUUAAUUCAAUCAUUUCCUACUUGAUCACGUGACGUCUCAAUUAAGUCCGCUGACGGACGAACAAGAUCGAGAUUUUGCCAUGGCCACCGCGCCUCAAAUCUCCGCCGAGGGUUGUCUUUCUUUAAACUUGCAAGGAACGACAACUCUUGGUAGAGAUUGGUGAAAGUUUACUACCGAGUAGUAAUUGUGAUUUCAAUAACAAUGAUAGUUGAAGCCUUUGUUGAUUUGAUUGAUGAAAUCUUUGUUAAUGUAGAGUAAGCGUAUUUUUAUACUUUUUCCUGACCCUGUUAGUGCUGACCUGUGACCCUCGACCCUGUGCCAUGAUACCUCUGUCAAUAGAUCACGUGGUGUUCUGUGUUAUGAAUUAUGAUUGUUUUGAUUCGUUAUUUAUUUAUCAUGAUUAUUAAAGCGAU